GUUGUCUAUUUCCAUUUAUUUAUUUUGGAAGAUGUAUUUAUCCAAAGCAAGUUAUACAUGCAGAGCCGAUCAAAGGGGGAGUUUCACCGGACUCCGGCUCGGGCUAGCAGUGAAGAGUCAAAUGCAAACUACUAAGCCCACAGGUGCUGCUACUAGCCCAAACUACUAAGCCCACAGGUGCUGCUUUGAUACUUGUCCAGCAGACAUAAUAGAAAGAGCUAGAGGAAGAAAAUGACUUUGUAUGUUAAAAGGCCUUGCCAUUGUUAUUUAGACUGAGCUAGUUUAGAUUUGUAGUAAUAUGUCAUUUUCCUAAAUAAAACAUUCUCUCCUCAGCCUUUCAGAUGAGUAGUAAUGUCACGGUAUUUGAACAGGGCCCCCUAUAAAGACUGAAAAUGCCUAUAAUAUUGGCCUAGACAUGUUCAAUGUAGUCACAUCCCAUAAAUAUCUUUACCAGCGUCCUCUUCUGCUCUGUGUAUUUACAGUGUUUGGAUUUAGUGGAUGGUAGCGUACUGAAAAACGCAAAUUAAAAUUUUAAAAGCCAAUUGUGUAUACCAGAGCACAAAACUCAAAAUGUUUUACAACAGAGAUUAUGGAAUACAACUUUGUCAUGGCACAAAAUACUGACAAAAUCAGAAACUACCUUCCUACACGCACCAGCUCAGCGUUGCUAAAAAUGAACUUCAAACACCUACAGGCAACCCGUAAAGAUUUAUUACACAUGUGCUCUACCAAGCUAAAUCUUGCCAUCAAGAACAAUAGGUCUGACUUGAGCAAGCCAUGAGGCGUGCAUGGCUUUCUAUUGUGAAGCAGGAAAAAACACACGAGUUUAAUGAAUAGUAUCAUUAUUCUCAGACAUUUUAACGGGCGACACUAUGAUGCAUGUCCUCCUUUCAACUUCGAUUUGAUCUACUGGUCAAGCCUUGCCCUGUAAGACUGCAACUGGGGAGAUAGGCGUAGGGAAACUGCCAGGUCUUGUUGACAAAGUGUGACAGUUACAGCAUGCAGGGGAGGGAGCAGAGGGCGGAGUAAGACAACUCGGCCAAAUCCUCAGGUCGCAAACACACAGUGAACUCAAACCACAGGUUGCUGAGAAAUGGACGGGUCCAAUCAGGCACGCAAAGUGAGCCGCAUCACACUGAAAGAAACAGUGAAAGGAAACAAGGAAGACAGAGACACCCAUGCCCUCACUGAGGGCUCCCUGUCUGUGCCUUUACUAACCCGGCGGAUCUCCAGACAAGUCCAGCCGCAGUCUCAGGACCGCGGGCUCAUCAGUCUGAAGGGCCUGCUCACAGCUCAAAGGUUCUCAAAGGGGUUAAAGGAACGGGCAGCACAGAAACUAGCAGCGAAGCGAGGUUCCAAAGGCCCUGCAAGGAAGCCGAUUCCCAUCAUAAACGACCAGGUGCCAACCAGCUGCGCCCAGCCCAAGGAGCGCUUCCCGACGGCCCACGUCACGCAGCUGGUGCAGGACUUCCUGGCCUCCCGUCUGGAGGGCGUCUGCUACGGCGCCGGCCUCUCGGCCGGGUCCUUGGUGCUGGCGCUGAGCCGGGAGUUGAGCGGACUGGUCCGCACCGUCUGCCCUCCGCGGUACCGGCUGGUGUGCAUCGUAAACCUGGGGCCCGCGGGCCAGGAGGGGCUGAUGCUGGCCAGCCGUUGCCUGUGGGACGCGCACGCAGACACUUGCAUCUCACACACCACUCUGACGGCUCAGGUCUUCUGCACUGCGACAGUGUUCGCAGUGUAUAAUGAGUGACAGGUCAUAGGGGCGACAGUGGUACAGUAGGUAGAGAAGUCGUUUAGUAAUCAGAAGGUUGCUAGUUCGAUUCCCUGUCG